CUUGACCGACGUCACUUAACCACAUACUAACAAUAAAAUAUUAAAAGUUGUACCUUCCUUGUUUUCAAUCCAAAUGUUUAUAAACAAUGGAUUUUGACGAAUUUAAUUAUAACGACUUUUCGUUUUUGCCACCAUCAGUUAAUCCAGAUGCAUUAAAUUUAACUGCGUCGCAAAUCGACACUUCCUUGGAUUUGAAUGAUUUUAUGUUAGAUGUUGAAAAUGAAGACAUAUUUUCUGAAUGUUUUCAAAAAUCAAACCAGUUAAAUGGUGAUUAUUAUUUGGACUCAAAUGCAUCACCAUCUAUGGCAUCUUGCUUGCUACGAAGUUCUUCUUUAUCUUUAGAUGGCCUCGAAAGCUUUUUAGAAUACAAAGAAAAACAAAAUGAAAUGACUAUUCGUAAUACGCCAUCUCCAGUUUCUAGUUGUAGUAGUUCAAGUUGCAGCUCAACUAGUGGAAUCCAGAGUGAUAUAUCCGAUUUUUCGCAGCAUAUUCCGCACAAACAUAUCAAGGGUGAAUUCGAAAAAAAAAGUAUAACCCCAAAAGUUUUGGUGACAAAUAGUAGUAAUGUCAAAAUAAUUAAUAAUUACGAUGGAAAACUGUUUUCAAAAUCAUCUCCAACUUCAUCAUCAAUAGUCAAAGAACCCUGUAUGCUGGAAACUACCUCUGUAUUCAUUCUACAAAAGGAUGAAAAGGUGCAAAAAGCAAAAUCAGUUGAGAAUAUGUUUCCAAUACAAAAUUUUUUUGAGGUUGCACCCACACCAAUUAUUGUUGCGGAGAAAAAUAAUAGAGAAACAUCGCAAAUAAAUAAAUCGGGUAAGAAGUUAUACGAUCAAAUAAAAAUAGCAAAAUCAACUGAUAAUAAAAUCAAAAAAAUACCAAUCCAUGUCCAAAGUGAUUUUAAAAAUGAAUUUGUUAUUAAAAAUGUAUUGGAUCAAAAAAUGAUUAAGAAACAACAACGUAUGAUAAAGAACCGGCAAUCAGCUUCUUUAUCACGCAAAAAGAGAAAAGAAUAUGUUGUGUCGUUAGAGGCUCGACUAAAUAAACUGGAAAAAGAAAAUAACGAGCUUCAAGGAGAAGGAGAACAGUUUGCGGCCUUGGACAGUAAGGCGUUGGCAACAAUACCAUUGAGAGUAAAGACAUCUCAAUUGGCCUAUAUCAAGAAUUGCUUGACGGCUUUGGAGGCAUUUGAAGACCAAGUUGAAUGA